AUGUCACGAAAUAAAGAAAAGGCUCAAUCGAGUUUAAAUAGAUUUUAUCAAUCACAAUCAUCAGCACCAAUCAAUUAUCAUUAUCAUCAACGACCGAAAAACAUUCAUUCAAUCACUCAAUUAUCACAAGCAGAAGGUUGGCGACGAUCAAUAAUUGGAGAAAUUUCUAAACAAUUGACGGAAAUCAAUGAUUUUGAAAUAUCAGAUAUUAAAGUCCGAGAAUUGAAUGAUCAAUUGAAUGAAUUAUUUAAUGAGAAAAGACGAUGGGAAUAUCAUAUACGAGAUAAAUUACAUGGUAAUGAUUAUAUUCGACAUAAUGGUAAUACUAAGAAUGAUUUGAUAAAUACUGGUAUUAGAGUGAAUAAUCUGGAUAAAGGGAAAUAUUAUCGAUAUUUUGGUAGAGCUAAAGAUUUACCGGAAGUGAAGUUGAUGAUUGAAGAGAAUAAGAAAAAUAGGAAAAAUCAUAAACGUGAUGAUAUUGAUGACCUGGAUCAAAGCAAAAGACGAAGAAAAGUAGAUCAAUAUAAGAGUACGGACAAUCUGAUAGAUAUGAAUUAUUAUGGAUUUUAUGAUGAAGAAGAGGAUGAAUAUUUAGAUGAUAGUGAGGCUCAACUAGGCGAUCCUUUGGUGGUAUAUGAAGAGAAGAGAACUAAAGAAUUGAAUGAUGCAGAAAUACAACAACAGGAUACCGAAAACCUUGAACAAAUUCGAAUGAGUUUCAAUGAUAUACCUACAAAUGAAGUUGUGACUAAAUGGUUAGUAAACAAACGACGUGAACAAUUAUUAAGUAAAUUUCGUUAA